AGUGGAAAAUCAAAUUUUCCCUGUUUUCAUAAUCGAGCUCCGACUCUAGAUGCCCUGCUUAAGCAUCUCACCAUGAAAUCCACAUUGGAUCAGUCAACAAAAGAAAAUGAAGGGUUUAGCAGCUCAAAUGUAGCAGCUAAUGGGGAUAUUUCUGAACAAAUAGUAAAUAAUAAUGACGAGGGUGAAGCUAAGCAGCGAGCAAUAUUAUUGGAGUGGCUGAAUAAUACCCUCCCUGAUCUAAACUUACCACUAAAUGCUUCAGAUGAAGACUUGAGAAUGUGCUUGAUUGAUGGUACUAUUUUGUGUCGGAUCUUGAAUAUGCUGAGAAUUGGUUAUGUGAAUGAGGUAGGUGAUUCCAAUCAGUCAACAGUAUUGAGCACACAAAAAAUUAAAAGGUUUCUGGCAGCAAUGGGAAACUUGGGGAUUCCCAGCUUCAAGGAGUCAGACUUAGAGAAGGGCUCUAUGAAGAGUGUUAUUGAUUGCCUUUUAACACUUAGAGCACAAUAUAAGCCAACUAUCACUACAAAAUCUAAAUCUGGAAGCCCUCGUGGAAGUGGAUCUCCUCGUGGAAGUGGAUCUCCACGUGGACAAUUUCCUGCUUUGACUGGAGAAGAUAGAUUGAAGGCUGUCUCUGAGUCUAAACUUCAACGUACUUCGCGUAGUCCUAUCAUGUCAGAGCCAUUUGCUGCAACAGUACAUAGUAGUGGAGGACAUAAGUUCCAUGAAGUGUUUCAAGUCAAACCAGGACGAUAUGCAGACCUUCCUGCUGCAAAAAUUUCAGAGAUGAUGAAAUCAAACAGUCUAGAUAAUGCCCCAACUCAAUCACUUUUGAGCGUUGUGAAUGGAAUUCUGGAUGAAAGCGUUGAAAGAAAGAAUGGUGAAAUACCUUAUCGUGUGGCAUGCCUUUUGAGGAAAGUUGUGCAGGAGAUUGAGCGACGCAUAUCAACCCAAGCAGAACACUUAAGAACUCAAAAUAAUCUUUUUAAGACUCGUGAAGAGAAAUACCAGUCUAGGAUCAGAGUACUUGAAACCCUUGCAUCAGGGACUAGUGAAGAGAGCCAGAUUGUUAUGAACCAGCUUCAGCAUAUAAAGACAGAGAGGACCAAAAUGGAAGAAAAGAAGAAAUUUGAGGAGGAAGAUUUGGUUAAAUUGACGAAAGAGAAUGAGAACAACAAUCUUGAAAUUUCAACAUUGAAGCAAGAACUUGAAGUAGCCAAAAAGGCAUAUGAAUUGCACUGCUCGCAAAUGGACACACAAGCUAAGGAUGCUAAAACAACUCUUGAGGAGAGAUUAAAAGAACUUGAGCACCUUUUAGAAGAUUCUAAAAAUGAGAUGAAAAAGCUUGAGUCAUACUCUGAAUCAAAAUAUCAGAGAUGGAAUCAGAAAGAGCAAAUCUACCUAAGCAAUAUGGAAUUUCAGUUUGGUGCACUACAGGAAUUGAGGUUCGCUUUUACAUCCAUUAAACAAGAAAUUAUGAAAGCACAAAAGAGCUAUUCCGAGGAAUUUAAUCACCUGGGAGUAAAGCUCAAAGUAAUAGCAGAUGCGUCUGAAAACUAUAAUUCAGUUCUUGCUGAAAACAGGAAGUUGUUUAAUGAGAUUCAAGAAUUAAAAGGAAAUAUUAGAGUGUAUUGUCGGAUAAGGCCUUUUCUUCUUGGACAAAGAGAAAAACAGACGAUCGUAGAUUUUAUUGGUGAAGAUGGAGAGUUGGUUAUAGCAAAUCCCUCAAAGCCAGGGAAAGACAGCCAUCGAUUGUUUAAGUUUAAUAAGGUCUUUGGUCUGGCUGCAACUCAAGAGGAGAUAUUUUCUGACAUCCAACCUUUGAUACGAUCGGUACUUGAUGGCUUUAACGUAUGUAUAUUUGCUUAUGGUCAAACUGGUUCAGGAAAAACUUUCACAAUGACUGGCCCAACUGGAGCAACUAAAGAGAAUUGGGGGGUCAAUUAUCGAGCGCUAAAUGACCUUUUUGAUAUCUCUCAAAGUAGAAGAAGUGCCCUUACAUAUGAAAUGGGGGUUCAAAUGAUUGAGAUAUAUAAUGAACAAGUACGCGAUUUACUAUCAACUGAUAGUUCUCAAAAGAAACUUGGGAUUUUGACUCAAUUGCAACCCAAUGGGUUAGCUGUACCCGAUGCUAGCAUGCAACCUGUAAAUUCAACCUCUGAUGUAAUGGAAAUAAUGGAUGUGGGACUUAGGAACAGAGCUGUCGGUGCCACUGCCCUGAAUGAAAGAAGUAGCCGGUCUCACAGUGUUGUCACUGUUAAUGUUCGUGGGAAGGAUUUGAAGACUGGUGCUGCUUUGCUUGGUAAUCUUCAUUUGGUAGAUCUUGCAGGAAGUGAAAGGGUAGAUCGUUCUGAGGUAACUGGAGAUAGACUCAGGGAAGCACAACAUAUAAACAAAUCACUAUCCGCCCUUGGAGAUGUCAUUUUUGCUCUUGCUCAAAAGAGCCCUCAUGUACCUUACCGAAAUAGCAAGCUUACUCAAGUCCUACAAAGCGCUCUGGGUGGUCAAGCAAAAACUCUUAUGUUUGUGCAACUUAAUCCUGAUGUGAAUUCAUAUUCUGAAAGUCUAAGCACUUUGAAGUUUGCUGAGAGGGUUUCCGGAGUUGAGUUAGGUGCUGCACGGAGCAACAAAGAGGGUAGGGAUGUCAGGGAAUUAAUGGAACAGGUGGCUUCCCUCAAAAGCACUAUUGCUAAAAAGGAUGAGGAGAUUGAGCAGUUGCAAUUGCGUAAAGGUUUAAAAAGUGUGCAUCCUGGUUCCAAUGGUGAAAUGCGUGGGACAGCUAUGAGGUAUGCAUCUUCCUCUCCAAGAAGAGAAACUGUAGGUGGGACUACUCCGCCAAGCCAAAAGCCAUUGGGUGGGAAAGGACUUGCUAUGAAAUCAGCUUCUGAUCCAGACUUUUAUUCAGAACAAAGUGAUAAGCAUUCUGAAGAUGAUUUUCAGAAUUCAAUGGAUGACUUUAAAUACCAGAAUGAACUUGUCAGGCAAUCAAAGGUUGCCGGAGACACUGAGAUCAUAGGACUUGGAGAUGCAGAUUAUGAUGAGAGAUCAAGUGAAAUAUCUGAUGGUGGUCUUUCUAUGGGAACAGAUACUGAUGGAUCUGUUGAAAGUGCUUUUACAUCUGAAACCACAAAACGGUCAGAUAUUCCGGAGAAGCCUAAAUUAAAAAAAUUACCACCUAAAGUUUCUCGAGCCCCAUUGAAACCAGGGCGAACUGCAUCACCUACAACUUCAAAAUCAAAGCCCUCUCCAAAGAUGUCACCAAAUUUUAAAAAAACUGGCGACACUUCUGCACUCAAGCCUCCUAUUAUCAAACGAUGGGUGUAAAGUAGAAGGCAUACAUUACUUACACACAAAAGAAGAAGUAAAAAUUAUCCACAUAAUUUUGUACAUUCUGUUCAAUAAUUUUGCAUUGCCACGUAAGUUUUGUAAUUAGGAUUCCUCGAAGGCUUGUCUCUCCUAGUCAUUUUUCAUUACAACAUAUCUGGUUCACAUAAUGGGCAAUCUUGUAUAUUGAAAACUGAAAAGUAGCAAAGUUUUUUUUUUUUUUUUUUUUGGAGAGAAGCAAAGUUUGUAUUUAUACCAAUCAUAUUUUCUCUUGACAUCAAACUUACAUCACUCACCUCUUGGAGUA